AUGGAGAAUGCUCAUACCCAGAACGAGAGGACCCGCGCCAAGGUCGUAACUUGCGGCAUCAUGAUCGGCUCCGCCCUUUUUUUUCCCUUGGCCAACACCGAGGAGCCGUGGGUUCGAGUGUUUGUUGCAUUGAGUUUGAUCACGGUUGUCAUACACGAUAUUUUCCAGUAUGACGGGAAUGUGGAGGACGAGUUCUCAGGGGUCUCCAUUGACGCACUGAGUGACCGUUCCCUCCGGACCGUGUCUACCCAGCGGCGGGCCCCGCUCCCGCUCGAGUCCAACCGGUUCAACCCCCUUUACUUUGCCCGGCACGGGCCAUCUUCCACGACGUCUACCCGGACGGGCACAGAUGUCACCGAUAUUACUCUCACCGGCGUUGUGGGGCAGUGGCGACCACAAUGGGAUGAUAGGACGCGCAUUUAUUUCCCAGAGGCCGUCCGGCCGGAUCAGGAACACACCACGGAGGAGCCUCAUGCAAAACCUGCCAGCCCGGAAGAAUAUGGGAAUCCGGAUGUGGACUCGGACCUGGACUCAGACCGUGGAACUGUUGAAUCCGACCAGCCGUUGCUCGGACCUCAAGGAGGCGUGAUCUUUUGA